UUGGCCCGCGCGGUUCUCGCAGUUUAAAAAGAAGCCCGCCGCGGCGCUCACGAACGGCCCAUGUUUUUACUUUUAUUUGUCUGAUUUUUGGGAAUAAAACGCUCCACGAUGGAGUGGUCUCUGGUGGGGAGGCCGGAGAGGGUGGGGCCAGUGGAGGUGGAGGACAUAAGGAAAGACCUGCUCAGGGACUUCACUGCUCUGCCCACAAAGCAGGAGGUGCAGUCUGAAAACCUGCAGGUGUUUCUCAGAAUUCGACCGUUCACUUCGGCCGAGAGCGACAGCGGAGACACACAGGACUGUGUGGCGAUCGAGGGGUCGGACACUGUGAUCCUCAAAGCUCCAAGAACCAACAAGUCUCUGCCUCAGACGGGCCAAAGGUUCAGCUUCACCCAGGUGUUCAGUCCGGACUCGUCUCAGAGGGCCGUGUUCGAAGGCUCCGUUCGUUCUCGUGUUCGUGACGUUCUGGACGGAGGAAACUGUUUGGUCUUCACAUACGGAGUAACCAACGCCGGAAAGACCUUCACCUUCCUCGGUCCGGACCAUGACCUGGGGCUCCUGCCUCGGUCUCUGGCUGUGAUCUUUAACAGUCUGGAGGGUCGUCUUUACUCUCGCUGUGACCUGAAGCCUCUGAGGUGCAGAGAUUACACCAGACUGACCCCAGACCAGCAGAACCUCGAGAGCGCCACCAAGAGGACGCUCCUGAAGCUGUUCAAAGAGACGGACAAAAGCCUGACCUCGGGGAAGUCCACGUUUCUGGACGGUUCUAACGUGACGGACUCGAGCCUCAGCAGCUCCUCUGAACACGACUCCUUUGUCCUGGACGUGGACGACUCAGUCAAGUUCUCCGUUUGGGUUUCCUUCUGCGAAAUCUACAACGACAACAUCCAUGACCUGCUUGAGCACGUUCCACAUGGACAUCAGAAGAGAACAGUGCUGCGUCUGUCACAGGACGUCAAGGGGAACUCCUUCAUCAAAGACCUGCGCUGGGUUCAGGUGAACAGUUCUGACGAGGCCUACAGAGUCAUGAAGAUCGGCAAGAAGAACCAGAGCAUCUCAGCCACUCGACUCAACCAACUCUCCAGCAGAAGUCACAGUAUCUUCAGUAUCAGACUGAUGAAGAUCGAUGAUGUGGGAGUACCUCGAGUCGUGUCCAUCAGCGAGUUGGCCCUGUGUGACCUGGCUGGCUCGGAGCGAUGUUCUCGGACUCAGAACUGUGGAGAACGUCUGAAGGAGGCGGGAAACAUCAACAGUUCACUGCUCACGCUCAGCAAGUGCAUCAGCGCCAUGAGAAGCAAGUUUCAGCAGCACGUUCCGUUUCGAGAGUCCAAACUCACUCACUUCUUGCAGUUCUUCUUCUGUGGCUCGGGGUCAGGAAAGGUCACGAUGGUCGUGAACAUCAACCAGAGCUCGUCCAGUUUAGACGAGACUCUCAACGUGCUCAAGUUCUCCGCUCUGGCCCAGAAGGUGGUGGUCCUGACCGCGCGGCCCGCUCCCCUGGACGCCGCCCCCCACAGGUCGGCCAUGGAACUGUCCCUGAUCAUCGACGAGGCGGAAACACGACGCUUCAGAGGGAGGAAGAGCUCCAUGGUCUGGGAGCGCAGCCUGGAGGACGUGCUGGAGACGGACGACGGCCACAGCGAUUUGACUGAAGAAGAAGAAGAAGAGGAGGAGGAAGAGCAGAGUGAGAUGGAGGACACAGUCCUGGAGGCAGCAAACACAACAAUGGAGAACACACAGAGUGUGUGCGCUCUGAGGUUGGUGUUGGAGGCUCAGAUCAGAGAAGAAGUCAGCGCAGAGUUUAUGGAACUGUUCAACAAAAUGGAGAAAGACUACAGUGAGCGUUUGGAGAAGGAGCGUGAGAUCCUGGAGGAGCGUGCAGAGAAACGGGUCGAGAUCCUCAAGAACCUCGUGCACCGAACUGUGGACCUGUCAGCUCUGGAGCGACAGGACACAGAGGGAGUUAUGUUGGAGAGCAUCAUCAGCGCUCAGGACCUGGAGAAGAUCAGAGAAGAACAGAACAACACAAAAGAGUUGCAGAUGCUGCGUGUGCAGAGGCAGGAGACUCUGGACCAACUGCAGGCAGCCCGACAGCAGGUUUCUGAACUCGCUGAACUCUGUCGACAAAAAGACGACGUCAUCAACAAACUCACCUGCACCUUAGACCAGACCGUGGAGGACGCCACCAGAGAGCGUUCUGUGGUGGAGUCCGUGCGAGCAGAACUGAUGAAGCUCCAACAGAACUGCUCCUGUCUGAGGAGACAAGGAGACGAGACGAGGGAGCGAGGAGACGAGGAGAGGAAACGGCCGAGAGGCUCCAGUGAAGACGAAACGGCUCCGGCCAAAAAGAGAGUGCUGUUGGAGGAGGAGAUCUGGAGACUUCAUGAAGAGAACGACCAAAAAGAACAUCUCAUCUGUGAACUGAGACAACAGAGAGACCAGGAGGAGACCAGGCUGAACCAGACUAUAACCAGACUACAGGAGGAGGAGACCAGGCUGAACCAGACUAUAACCAGACUACAGGAGGAGGAGACCAGGCUGAACCAGACUGUAACCAGACUACAGGAGGAUCUUCAGCAGAGGAACCAGGAGGAGACCAGACUGAACCAGACUAUAACCAGACUACAAGAGGAUCUUCAGCAGAGGAACCAGGAGGAGACCAGGCUGAACCAGACUAUAACCAGACUUGAGAAGGACCUGGAGCAGAGGCAGGAGGAGCUGGAGUGUGUGAGGAAGCAGCAGGUGGAGCUGGAGACCAAAGUCCAGGAGCAAACAGAGUCGGGUUGUGUGCGCUGUGACUCGGUGUUCGAGUCGUUAGAGUCUGAACAAAGGGAAACGUCUCGACUCGACAAAGAAAACAAAGCUCUGGUCAAAGGAAUGUUCCAGCUGCAGAACCAGGUGACCGACCUGCAGAAGCAGCUGCGCUCUGAGAGUGAUCGCUCUGACAGCCUAUCAGACGAGCUCACCUGCACCAAGACCCGCCUCCACAGCCUCCAGAGCCAAUCAGACGAGAGAGAGCACUCCCUCCUCCAGCUCCGACAACAAAUGGACAAAGACAGACAAGACUCCAAGGAGGAGGUCGUGUUCCAUGAGGCGAUGGAUCGUCUCAAACACGAAAGUGAAUCUGCUCUGAGGAAAUCUGCAGAAAAAACUCAACGAAUCCAAGAACUGCAAGAAAAACUACAACACAGGGAGCGUCUGUGUGCGGAGCUGAGGGAGGAAUCGACCAAUCAGAGGGCUGCGUUUGAGCGUUUGGAGGCGGAGCUAAAGGAGCGCUGUGCUUCACUCGAACAGAGACUGGAGACGACGGAACUAGAACGCGCGGAACGAGAACGCACAGAACAACGGAACAGAGACCUGCUGGAACUGGUGUCUCUGAGGGAGCAGACUGUGGCUGAAGCUCACGCUCAAAUGGAGACUCUGAGGAAAGAGUUGGAGCUUUUGAGAGAGCAGCUCCAGAAUCCAGAGGAGGAGGAGGAGAACCAGCUCCAACACCAAAACCCUGAGGAGACCCACUACCAGGAGAAACAUCAGGAGGAGGAGGAGGUGGUGCAGGAGGAGAGGAAGGUGACCGUGGUGGAGGAGCUGAAAGAGGAGCUCCAAAAACUGCAGCAGAGACGAAACAACAGGACGAGAAAACAGGAGCAGAGCCAAGAACCUGAGAACAUCCAGGAGAAGACGGACAAGAACCAAGUCGAGGAGAGGAGGAUGGAGGCGGUGAAGAGGGAGGUGCAGAGGUUCAGAGAGCUGCAGAACCACCACAACGUCCAGAGAACGUCUCCGGAGAAGAUGAUGGAGCGAAGAAGGACCCCCAGGACCACAGGGAGGAAGAGGAAAAGCUGUGAGGUCCAGGGUUUGGUCUCCAGUGAGAACAAGAGGAACCGAGGCAGAGCCCAACUGAGCAAACAGACGUCCUCUUCUUCUCUGAGGGAUCGUCCUCUGAACAAACUGGGAGAUCUGCUCCACAAGUCUCCAGCGAUUAUCAGCUCCACAGCCAAAGGUCUCCUGGAGCUGGUGGUCGACGGCAGAAGCUCCGGCUCCAAACUCAAACGAGGACGAAGAAAACUGUACAAAACUCACUCCAACUCGCCCAUGAGCGACUCUCCAGACACGGCUCGUGGAGUACUGUUGGAGGAGAAGGAGAGCGACCAUUUCAUGAUCAAACGACAGCUCCGCUCCAGGAGGAAGUGACGUCAUCGGGGAGGAAGUGACGUCAGCGUGUGGGGGGUGGGGUCAUGUGACUUUUAAAAAACAGAUUUGUGUAAAAAUCGUCUGAAAAAGUUUAAACGUGAUUUUAAAGUGAUUUUGUUUUUGUACUUUCACAUCGAGGCCGCGACAAUAAAAAACACAAAACACAGAAA